CACACACACACUCUCUCUCUCAGACACUGUUGCUCAUAUUCACAUGAGGACUCGAGCUCAAUCUCGCACCAGAACAAACGUACGCAGAGAUACACAUACGUGCACAAACCCAUCCACACUCACUCCCACCCCACCACCUCGGACUGACUUCAGCAAUCCCGGCUCAACCUGCCAGUUGCUCCAUUAUCCUUGGGGAUCGAGGCUCCAGCCACGCCUGUCCGAGAGGGAGAGAACUUCACGCUGGUCUGCCGAGCGGGAGAGAGUAAUCCAGCCGUCCGCAUCUCCUGGAUCAGGAGAGGAGAACGGUUGCCGGGUGAUCGGUCGUGGAUGGAGAGGGGCAUUUUUGGGGGUUGGAUCUGCGCCUCGACACUCACCUUCCUGGCUUCGGCCAGUCAUGAUGGGGAGCAAGUCCGGUGCCAGGCGUUCACCCCUCUGCUGCAGGAGAUCACUAACACCUUCCACACAAUCCAGAUCUGCCAUGCCCCCCGAUUUCGGAAGGACCAGGUCGGACAGGUGGAGGGUCAGGAAUGGGGAGCGGUCGUCAUCCCACUGAGCGUAUCAGCCAACCCUGGGGAGGUGACCUACACCUGGAGCCGGAACGGCAAGGAGCUGGUCAAAGCUGGACCGACACGUCACCACCUGAAGGCAGAUGGUUCCUUGGAGAUCUGGAACUUGACACGUUUUGAUGCAGGGAUCUACAAGAUCAACGUCAAAAAUAACGAGGGAGAAAAUGAGACCUUUGUCAGGCUUAUAAUGUUGU